AUGACGGGGAAGCAGUUGAACGAGCUUCAGCGGACCAUCCUGGGGAGGCUGUUCCAGCUUGCGAAGCUGAAAGACUCGGAGCUUGCCUGGGUCAUGGGCGUUGGUGAGAGGACGAUUCGUCGGCGGAGGUACGAGUAUGCCGAAACGGGCCAGCUCAGAAAGCAUAAAGACGUCAGUCAGAAUGCGGCAAAGUUGAAGCCACAUCAUCUCGAGAAGCUACUGGAGUUCCACAAAAACCAUCCAGAUGCUAUGCUCAAGGAUCUGCAGUCUUUUCUCCGAGAGACGUUCGAUGUUGAGGUUAGCGUUUCAUCCAUCAGUCGGCACGUGAGUAAGGCGCACGGCGACGACCGGAAGGACCCAAAAGCACGACCGAAGAAGCCGAGAGGGAUAAGAAGACGUGCUAUCGCCCCCGAAAUCCAGCAAGGCGUCGGCGGCAACGGCGGCAACGGCGGCAACGGCGUCAAUGUCAGCAACACUACUCAAACAGCUGCCGCCCACUUGUAUCAGGAUCAGUACCAGCUGGCUCCGCUGCAGCAUCUGGUGGCUCAACACGAGACACCCCGCCAGGAACUGGGGUUACAAGGACCCAUGUAUCAUGCUCAUGCUGCCGACCGCCAACAACUCCGCUAUGAGCUCGACCUCAAUUCCUGGAAUCUGAGAAUUUGGGGCGUGGCCGCCUCUGGUUUCCUGACAGACUCAUACAACCUGUUUGCAACCAAUGUGAUCCUCGCUACCCUUUCGUUUGUCUAUUUUCCCCACGAAAAGUGGUACGGUCUAAUCAUCAACUUCUUUACCCUUCUCGGGUCCGUGUGCGGUCAACUGCUCUUUGGCUACCUCGCCGACAAAUAUGGCCGGACUCGCCUUUAUGGCAUUGAGCUCGUCCUCGUCAUCGUCUCCACUCUGGGCGUCGCUACGACCAGCACCGGCUAUGGCGACAUGUCUUUUCUUGCCCUGUUUACUUGGUGGCGUUUUGUUAUGGGAAUCGGAAUCGGAGCCGAAUACCCCUUAUCUGCAGUAAUCACGUCAGAAUGGGCAAGCACCUCGUCAAGGGCAACCAUGAUUUCGUCCGUAUUCAUGAUGCAGCCCGUGGGUCAAGCCCUCGCACAGAUCGUCGGCCUUUUGGUCCUGCUGGGCCAGGACGCUGCCUUUGGUUUGCAUGACAAGAAAUGCGGCAUCGAUGCGCUGCAUGAAGAGGAGUGCAAGAAGAUCAUUGACGGGAUAUGGCGCUGGGUCAUUGGCUCGGGCGCCGUUCCCGCCGUCUUGGCCAUCAUCUUCCGCUUCUUCCUCUACGACUGCGGCCUCUACACGCUCGAGGUCAAAAACAAACCUGGCAACGCCUUCCAGGACACGCAGCGAGUGUACGGAGCCCCAGCACCUGCCAAUGGCAUACCGUUGGCGCCCCACGUCAGCUCCAGUCUAUACUCUCCGCGCACAAUGCCGGUGCAGUUUUCGCUCAAGGACCUGCACGCCUUUCUCAUCAGGGACAAGAACUGGUAUUACCUCCUCGGCACUUCCAUGACAUGGUUCUUUUUGGACGUAUCAUUCUAUGGCUUUUCGUUGGAUAACCGGGGCACUCUUGCCGAUUUAUGGGCUACUACAGACUCCGUGGAGCUCAAUAGCUCGCUCCCGUGCUGGAAUUCCACGCUGCCCGGAGGGAGAUCGCUGGUUCCUGGUUGGGUGGAGACGGGCCUGCCAACCUGGCAGACGGAUGACACGCUGCUCUGCAACACCAUCUACGAGGUGCUCAUCGAGCAAACCAAACAGUACCUGCUCACCGUGUCCAUCGCCUCCAUCGCAGGAAGCGCCUGCUUCAUCUACUUCGCAAACAAAAUCCCUCGGCGGAGGUGGCUGACUACCUCCUUUAUCGUUCUGACUGUCCUAUUCCUAGUCACCGGCGGCGUCUAUUACGCCGUAGCUCACACCUCCCGCUACCCUGCAACGGUGCUGUUCGUGGCCAUCUGUCAUUUCAUGUUCAACUUUGGCGCCAAUACGCUCACCUUCAUCAUCCCCGCCGAGAUUUUCCCGACUUGCUAUCGAUGCACCUGCCACGGCAUCUCGGCUGCUGCAGGAAAGCUCGGCAGCAUCCUUGCAGUCCUGGUCGUCUACGGCAUCAACUCGGGCUAUUCGCAUUCCAAGCGCCAGGGGCUCAUCUUUUUGCUCUUUGCCACCUUCAUGGCCCUCGGCGCCAUCUACUCGUGGGCCUACAUCCCCGACAUCCAGCGCGUCGUCUACGACGGCGAGGGCGGCAAGAAGCGGCUCGAGACCAAGAACCUCGAGGAGCUGGGCGAGGGUUACAUGCGCGCCCGCCAGGAGGGUCAAUUGCUCAACUUCAAGGAGAAGUCGGCCGAUUUGCGGAUGAGGCUAGCAGAAAAGAUGAGACCAAGGCGCCGCCUCGGUAGCCAGGUCGAGGAGAGCACCGCCGCUAAUGGCGGUAUGACCAAUGGUGGCCCUGUUGUAUGA